CGGCGCAGGCACGAACACAUGAGGAAUAACUCAUCAAUCUAGAGCACAAUGAAGAUGCAAAAAUGGAGGAAGCCCCAACUGGUGCUGCUGUCCAACGUGGGGGGACGUCGCAGGCAGCCGGGGGAACGACGUCGUGGCGACCAGCCACAUCGACGAUGACACGUCAGCAGCGCGCAGCCGAGGGUGGUGGAUCAGGCUCUGCGGUCGUGGCUGGAGCGACGCUUGAAGCGAUGCAGCCCCGUCUGGGCGGGUUGAAUGUCGAGGCGGUGGCGGGAACAUUGCGGGGGCCGUCGGGGGGAGGUCGACGGGAAGAGGAAGUGAACCGCCAGUUGGAGGGUGCACGGUUGGAGAAAAGAAACGUGGGUGGAGAUGAUGAACCUCUCGCCAACAGGGUACGAAAGGGGGGCGUGGCAAAAGAUUUGGCAGAGCGGACGAAACUGCUAUACAACAUCAUCCACGAGACAAAAGAAUACCUCGUCGCCAUUGCCAGUGGGCUUCCUCUCCUGGAGCUCCCCAAAAGCGUCGCCAUGCCAAAAUCCAAUGUAACGCAGAUCAGGCUCACGGAUGCGGGGCAGCUGCAGGAAACUUUGAGCCGCGCAGGGAAACUUCAAAAUGUGGCGUUGCAUGUGUUACACGGAUGGGUCUUCAAAUCAGGUUCGAGAGCUAGAGGUUACACUGUCACCUUCCAGUACGCCCUCGAGUCUCUGGCGACUGACAUCGCCCGCACGAAGUGGCAUGGUGAGGAGUGGAGCGACGUCAUCAGCCCCGCUGUGUGCGCGCAUACGUUGGACUUGGGGAUGGACCCGCCACUCUGGUUUGCAAGGGUGCACAUAGAAGAUGGACCGGAUGACGACGAUAUGGCGGCGUACCAGGAGGCCACUGUCAUGCGACUGGUCGCGACUUUCAGCACAGCGGUUGAGACGGGCCAGACCAUCGACAAUGGAUGCAUCACACACGAUCAUCUCUCGCGUGUAGCCGAGAGCUUCAGGCUGCUGCUCGCCGCGUGCAUGUGGAAAAUGCGAAUGGCGGGAGACAAUCUGCGAUCGCACUCCGAGGCAUUCUACUUCGCCAACAUUCUUGCCAAGCCCCUGCUCGUUGCGUCCAUGCAUCGGAUGUUCGAUCAUUGCCGACACAUCGUAUCUUUAAUGAACGCGGUUACGGAGCGGUUGGGCAAGGCGCAACUAACAUUGGGCCACUUCCCCAACUACAUUCCCGAGUGGGCAUCGUGCGACAUCUUUUUCCACCAUGACGCCAACUUAUCAAGUCCUGACGAUGUGAGGCGGUUAGAGUGGUUGGGGACAGGCCCCCCAGGGGGCGGCGACGAUUAUGCGAACGACGAUGAUGGUUGAACGUCGGGAGGACCAUGGUGCGACGAUGAUGAUGCGACGACGAUAACGCUUUUUUUUUUGGGGGGGGGGGGGGUUGUAUUGGAUAGUGAAACUUUC